AACCUUUUUCGCAUCUUCUGUUCUGUUCGGACCUAUUUAAGGGUUGCACUCCGAAACUCAUGCCGUCAGUGUUGUGUUGUUCAUGUCAGCGCUGCAAGAGACAAGUGUCAAACAUACAGUUUGUUUCGAUCUCAGAUUAUACAGUGUGUCUAUUUUACGAAGCAAGAGAUUUGCAUUUUGUCCAGUGUUAUCCGCGUCAUAAAACAGAAAUUUUGUACAGUUAGCACAGUAGCAUUUCACAAAACUCUCAAUGCUUCUUGGUUUUUCACCACAGAUUUUCACUCAAAGCUGAUCUUGGCUAGUUACUAAAUUGUUUAGGAGUAAACCCAAGUGGCUCUCACUCAUUGAUCUGGAGUACUGUAUUAUUAUUAUUAUUAUUACUGUUUAAUUGAAGUAAAAUGGAGAAAACUGUAGAGGAAAGUUCUGCAACAAAUACAACAGAUGCUGCUGUGAAGGGCGAGGCCUACAUCAAACCACAAUUUUUAACCACUAAAGAUGCAUUUCAUGAGUUUGUCGAUUCAAACUGGAAAGCAAAUGGAGCCAAAGGUGGUGAUGAAAAUGCAAAGGAAGAUGCAGAGGUGACAGCUGUGGAUGAGCCUGAAGCUAAGAAACCCAAGUUAGAUACUGAUAAUAAUAAAAGUGAGAAACCAGAUAAAAAGCAAUGGCGUGGACAGAACAAGUCAAGACCUCACACUAAACCUACCGCAUAUGAUGAAAAACGCCUCUGUCUCUCCAUCCUUAAGGACGACAAACAAUGCUCCUAUGGAGAAAAAUGCCAUUUCUACCAUGACAUAGCGGAGUAUAUGAAGACCAAACCUGCUGAUAUUGGGGAGAAGUGUUACCUCUAUGACACGUUUGGAAAGUGCCCUUAUACUCUCUCUUGUCGCUUUGCCAUGGCACACACAACAGCAGACUUCAAAACAAUAGAAAAGACAGAUCUAGUGAAGGAUUUUGAGGGAAGAAACAUUGUGAAGAAUAGUUUGAGCAAAGAUCUCCAAAUUAGUCUCAGGAAGCGCUCCGUGAAAUUCCCCAAAUCAGACGAAUAUCUUAAAGCCCUGGCCAAACAAAAGGAGAAGAGAGAACAACAAGAAAAUGGUGCCAAAAAUACAUCUGCAGAUAAAGUUGAAGAGGUUCAACAAGUGUCCACAGAGACAGAAACUCAGGUGAACACAGAAAAACAGGCUGAAGUUAAGACUGUUGGCCCAUUAACAGAUAUAGACAUUAUCAAACUAAGACCCUGUGAAAAGAAGCAGGUUGACUUUAAGGACAAACUCUACUUGGCACCAUUAACAACUUGUGGAAAUUUGCCAUUCAGGCGCAUUUGUAAGCGUUUUGGAGCUGACAUCACGUGUGGGGAGAUGGCCAUGUGCACAAACCUGCUCCAGGGACAGCAGUCUGAGUGGGCUCUACUAAAGAGGCAUGAAUGUGAAGAUGUUUUUGGAGUUCAGUUGGAGGGUUGUUUUCCAGACACAAUGACAAGAUGUGCAGAGCUCAUCAACAGCAACAUAGAGGUCGACUUUGUGGAUAUAAACUCUGGAUGCCCCAUUGAUCUUGUUUACAAAAAGGGUGGCGGCUGUGGUCUGAUGACACGAACCAGGAAAUUUGAACAAAUAAUAAGAGGAAUGAACUAUGUUCUAGAUGUCCCUCUAACAGUGAAGAUAAGAACUGGUGUACAGGAGAAGUGCAAUAUCGCUCACAAACUCAUCCCAGAAUUCAAGCAAUGGGGCGUCUCUAUGAUCACGCUACACGGUCGAUCCAGAGAACAGCGCUACACAAAGUUAGCCGACUGGGACUACAUCAGCAGCUGCUCCGAGCUAGCAAGCCCUGUACCUCUUUUUGGUAAUGGAGACAUACUUUCCUAUGAAGAUGCCAUGAAAGCAAGAGAGACUGGAGUUUCUGGUAUCAUGAUAGCGAGGGGAGCUCUGAUUAAACCAUGGAUCUUCACUGAAAUCAAGGAGAGUAGACAUUGGGAUAUUUCGUCUGGUGAACGUUUGGACAUCCUCAGAGAUUUCUCCAACUACGGCCUGGAGCACUGGGGCUCGGACACACGCGGAGUGGAGAAGACUCGCACCUUCAUGUUAGAAUGGCUCUCCUUUAUGUGCAGAUAUAUUCCUGUUGGUUUAUUGGAGCGAGUGCCUCAGAAGAUCAACGAGCGACCUCCGUACUACAUGGGACGGGACUAUCUCGAGUCACUGAUGGCAAGUCAAAAUGUUGGCGACUGGGUCAGAAUCAGUGAAAUGCUGCUUGGACCUGUUCCCAAAAAUUUCAACUUCCUUCCCAAACACAAAGCAAACGCCUACAAGUGAUUAACCCCCCUCUUUUAUGAAUAUAUUAGUUUAUACUUUUAUUUACUUGCGUGUUUUCAGUUGCGUGUUGACACUUUUUAAACAAUCAAGGCUACUGAAUAGUCUGUUAACUCAAAUUUGUCUUAAAAAGACACAUUGAUUAAGUUGAUAAAGAUGUUUGUCCUACAAUAAAGCCCUUUGUCCAUCA